CUGAAUCCACAGAGCUGGGGGAUCACACGCAGAGCCGGGUAGAGUUUGAUAAUCGAUUAACCUGUUUGAUCCUGGGCAAGUGCCUCGUUUCCUUAGGCCUCAUUCCCACUCUUCCCACCCCCACCCCCGCCUGAAAGUUUAAGGAGUGGUUCUAAUUGUUCAGUCCUUUCCGGCUCCACAGCUGCUACCAUCUAUCCUAGGAUUCCAUGAAUUGAAUCAGAACUAAAUUAUUUCAGGCCAAAUCAAGCCAAUAUACUUCGGAUAGCAACAAGAUGAACUAAAAAGAGGAAUGACUCGUUGGCUGAGGCUUUAAGACUCAAGUGGCUCUUUAUUAAGAAGGAUCACCGACGUGGAUUCAAUAGUCUAAAGAAGCUGCAGACAAGACGGAGGGCGCGGAGGGGAGAAGAAACGGCUCACUCCCCGUGCCCUCGGCCCUGAGGCGGGACCAGGGGGAAGGAGCGACGAGCUAGGUUGGGAGCCCGGGCAGAUUCGCUCGCUGCGGACUUCCCAGGGCGCAGCCGGGGGGGCGGCGGCGCGGUCCGCGCUGCCCAGGGUCUCGGCAGGACCAGCAGCCUCUGGCAGCUGUCCCGCCUGGGCUGGGCGCCCCCUGGCCCGGCUCUGGGCUCCGGGCGCCGGAGGUUUCCGGUGAGCUCCCCAGGCCGGUUAUGACGACUCCCUCCUCUUUCUCCACCUCCACCGUUCCCUCCUCCUCCUCCUCCUCAAGAGCUAGCCCCAGGCGCCGCCUCCUCCUCCUUCGCCGCCGCGCCGCCGCCGCCGCCGGUUCUUGGGCUCCAGGGAGCGAAGGCCCAGAGAUGUUUAGUAAAUUUGCCUGUCACACAGGUAGAGCCAGAAUUUAAGCCCAUGUCUUCUGAAUGUAAAUCCAGUCUUUUUUUUCCCCCAACUGUAACUGGCCUGCUCCCACAGUAGCCCAGUAAGGUUUUAUACUCUUAAAAACAUUACAAGCAGCUUCUGACCCUCUGAGAUUAAAGUGGUAAAAUAACAUUUUCUUAUUUGUUAUUAUUAAUAUGGUCAAUUUGCAAAAUUAUCAUAUCACUCUAUGAUGAUAGUUUCAAUUAAAGACAUUAAUUCCCCUUUGGCUUCACAUAGUCCCUUGAUCCCUCUGAGCCACAUAGGAGAGGAAAAGAGAAGGUCACCACUGCUGACCUCAGCGCAGUACUGGCUUUCCUCCAUGUAUAAGGUGACCUUCUUGGUUGGCCCAAAUCUAUCAGCAUCUUUCUAAAAUCUGUUCACCCCGAACUUGUUAGUGAAGACUAAUAUUAAAAUCAGUGCUGCUGGGGCAGCUAGGUAAUGAAAUGGAUAGACAUAUGGCCUUAGAUUCUGAAUUCAAAUCUUGAUUUAAAUAACCCCAAUUGCUUCAUUCCAACCUCCCCCCCAAAAAAAAAACAAAAACAAAAACAAAAACAAAAACCCAACUCUAAACAAUCAUUGGUGUUUUGAAUUCCCUCCCCCUCCAACACAAUAUGGCAGAGAUAAGAACAUGGACCUGUUGACUAUUUGGGGUGUUUGGUCAUUGAUGCCCUUUAAUAAAAUUGAGGGAAAUGAAUUAAUGAUGAUGAUAAUUUCCUUUUGUGUGGCAGGCUUUCUUCCUUGGUUAUAAUGUUCUGGCUGCUUGUGUUUGGGGUGCUGCUUCAUGACAUUCUGCAGAGCAACCAAGAUCAAACUUCUCACUUGAAAGACCUUCCGGGGCCAUUGUCCUCCACUUCUUGGAGCCUUCACUUACCUGAUGAGCACGUGCCUUACUUUCUCCACAACAACAGACAUCUUGCUGCAGUCUGUGACAAGGAUCCGCAGUGUCCUUAUAAAAAACAUUUAAAGCAUCUUGAAUCCUGUUGGGGCUAUGAGAAAGCAUGCAGACCAGAGUCUCGGUUUGGUUAUCCCAUUUGUAAUUAUGUGGAUAUGGGAUGGACUAAUACCAUUGAAUCAGCUCAGGAGAUAUUCUGGAAACAAGCAGAUUUUGGUUAUGCAAAGGAGCGCCUGCAUGAAUUACGGACCCUCUGUCAACCUAUGGAAACAGGUGAUUCCUGGCUACUUUGUUCACGCUACCUUCAGUACUGCAGAGCAUCAAACCUAUACAUUGAUCUAAGACAAGUGAAGAGAAAUCAUGACAGAUUUAAGGAAAACUUCCUACAGAAAGGUGACAUAGGAGGUCAUUGUAAACUUGAUGUUCGUGCAUUGAUAUCUGAAGGUCAACGGAAAAGCCCUCUACAGUCUUGGUUUGCUGAACUACAAACGUACACAGAGCUAAGCUUCAGACCUAUCGAAGACGGCAAGUGUGACGUCAUAAUAGAAAAGCCAACUUACUUCAUGAAGUUAGAUGCAGGUGUUAACAUGUAUCACCACUUCUGUGAUUUUAUCAAUCUCUACAUUACUCAGCACGUUAACAAUUCCUUCAGUACAGAUGUCAACAUCAUCAUGUGGGAUACUAGCUCCUAUGGAUAUGGGGAUCUAUUCAGUGAGACUUGGAAGGCAUUCACCGACUAUGAUGUCAUCCAUCUGAAAGUAUAUGAUUCAAAAACGGUGUGUUUCAAGGAAGCUGUCUUUUCCUUACUUCCCCGAAUGAGAUAUGGAUUGUUCUACAACACGCCAUUGAUCUCUGGCUGCCAAAAUACGGGAUUAUUUCGAGCAUUUUCCCAGCAUGUGUUGUACAGACUGAACAUCACACGGGAUGGACCACAGGAUGGAAAAAUCCGUGUCACUAUCCUUGCCCGCAGUACAGAAUAUCGGAAGAUAUUAAACCAGAACGAGCUUGUAAAUGCAUUGAAAACCGUGUCUUCAUUUGAGGUCCGAAUAGUAGAUUACAAAUACAAGGAGAUUGGGUUUCUGGAGCAGCUGAGGAUCACGCACAACACGGACAUCUUCAUCGGCAUGCACGGCGCGGGCCUGACGCACUUGCUCUUUCUCCCAGACUGGGCUGUGGUUUUUGAACUGUACAACUGUGAGGAUGAACACUGUUAUUUAGACUUAGCCAGGCUGAGAGGGAUUCACUAUGUCACCUGGAAGAAAAAGAACAAAGUCUUCCCCCAAGAUAAGGGUCACCAUCCAACUCUAGGAGAGCACCCCAAAUUUACAAACUAUUCUUUUGACGUAGAAGAAUUUAUGUCUAUUGUCCUUCUGGCUGCAGAUCAUGUAUCUCAACACCCAAAGUGGCCAUUUAAGAAGAAACAUGAUGAACUAUGAAAAAGAAAUGUCAAUGAUUUUUUUUCCAUCAAUUUCAUUGGAGUGAAAUGGAAACCAAUAGGAUCUAAAUACAUGAGCCCCCAAGCUCACAAUUUUUUUAUACCAAAAAAGUGCCAUGUUUAUACCAAAAUGCACAUCUAGAAUGUGGAACUAUUUGGACUAUGGUCUUUAUUGACUGUUUUUUCUAUAUUAUUACUAUUUAUCAAGAUCAUUUAAAGACUUUUGCACUGAUCAUUUGAAUCCUUCCAUUUUGUAAAUAUAUUCAGGCUCCUAAGACUGCUCAUUUCUUUUGGUUAAUAGUAAUGAAAAUUUCAUGGGUGGGUUACUGAGCAUUUCAACCUCAAAAUCUGCAAAGAUUUUUGUUGUUAUUUUCAGAUUUAUGUAUGACAGUAAUUGUAAUUUCAAUCAUCACUUCAUCUUAUUUCUGACAUAUUAGGAUUUAGAGGACCAAAGGAAUCUUAAGAAUUCAUAGGAUUAGAGGAGCAUAAAUUCUGGGCUUUGUGUCUAACUAAUUCGUAAGAGCUUGGGCACUUGGAGAGAAAGAAAAUCAUGAGAGAGGAAAACUUGGAGUCUGACUUUCAUCUAACAAAGAGAGUUAAUUCAUGAGAGUGACUCAUUUUACAGAAAAGGAAAUCAAGACCAAGCAAGGUUAAAUGAAAUGAUCGGGUCAACAGCUAAUAAAGGGUUUGGGUCAGAACUUGAAAAUAAGUCUUAAUGAAUCUAAAUCCAGUACUCUAUUUCCCCCCACCCCAACCUUGACAAAGAACUUGCUCUUCUCUAUAAACUAACAAGUAUACUGAGAUGAAAUUAUAUCCUAUGCAAUUGCAAUAGAUUGUAUGUAACUAAUAGGAGUCAAAUUUUAAUGUGAACUAUGUAUUGUAUGAUAAAGUAUUUAAUUUUUCUUUCUUAAGUAGCAGUAUUUUGGUUAACUUUUCCCUUUAGGGAGGGAAAACAAAACCUAUUAGUUUGUAAUGUAUCUAUUUUUAAAGAUGGCUUAGAUUCUGUCAUUGGGGUAGAUAAAGCCCUACUUCCCUAGGUUACCAUCCCCAUGGAAAGAUCCAACUUUUAGAUUUUUAAUAUGUUUUUGUAUUCAAUCUCAAUGUCAACAUGUAAAGAGUAUUUUUUUUCCAAAUUAAAAAAAGAAAGAAUCCAUUAGAUUAGAAGGAUACUAUUAUGAAAACAGGUUAGUUUUUACUUAACUAUAUAAGGAAAAGGUAUUAAGAUCAACUCUGAUACUUAUGCUCUUCUAGGAUGCUUCAUUUCUGUUGUUAAGAGUUCGUUCUGCUGCAAAAAGAGACGUUUACAAAUAUAUAAACACUUGUAGAGUUUAAUUUUCCAGGUUCUUGACUUCCUUUUGUUAAAUGAUUGUAAAAGUGACUUCCUAGAGGUUAGGCCUAUUUAUUAUAUUGCCUGUGAAAAUCCAGAUGAAUGGCUGUGGCGCUGACUGAUACACAGUUUGGUUUGGGCCUUAGAAGAAUCCUAUUCUCAGAAACUCAGCUAAUUGUAAUGGAUUUUCUAAUUAUGGUUGUUGCUGCUUUUAAAGUAUGUACAGAAUAGGAAACAAUUAUUCAGGAAAACAUACUUCACUCAAAAUGGAAACAGAAAAGCAAAAUCGCACUUUGGGGAAGGAUCAAAAAUUUUAAAUGCAGUAUUUCUGUAUUUGUGUUAUUACCUCAUUUUGCAGAAGUGUCUGGGACAAAGUUGUUUUGUAAAAUAGCACGAAUUUCAGAACAUUUGGCUUUUUUUAGAGGAAAGCUAUAUUUAUUAUACUUUGCACAUAUUUUAGAGAGAGGUAAAUUUUAUAGAACAGGAUAUGCAUUUGAUAAUUAUAUAGUUAACUUAUCAGGUUUUAAAAAGAUAGCAACAGAAGGAGCUGUCCUAGCGUUUGGCAAACUUUAAAAAGUUUAAAGUGCAAAGCUUAAUAUUUAAAAAUUUUGAUCAAAAUUCUGAAGAUUAACCUUUAAAAAACCUGUGAUAUCCUUUGCCAUUUUGGGGGAGGUAGGGGAUCAUGCUUUUGAAAUAAAUCUUUUUGUAUUUUA